AUGUAUCCAAAAUCACAGAUCAAUCAAUAGUAAAAGAUUUCACAGAAGCCAUCAACUUCAUCUACUCAAUAACAGCCAUUUACCAUGAAGUCAGCAAAAAAAGAAUCCUAAUAAGAGUCUCAUCCAAAAUCAUAGACCUAGAAUACCUCUCUUAAAAUUCCACCUUUGAUAGGAGAUGUACAUAUAGCUGUAAAUAUUAAUGUUCUAAAUUAGGCUGUAACUUUAUCAAAUCAUCCAAAUCCAGACAUAGUAAGUCUUAUUAACGAAGAAAAAAAGAUAUAAAUAAAUAACAGAAUAAAUCCUUAAUCUUCAAAAUUAAGUUGUUUCAAGAAGAAGCCUGAUCCUAUUCUAUCAUGGGAUCAUCACUAAGAGAAAUAAUUGUACAGUGAAUUUUUAGAGUUUAUAGAAUCACGGUUCAAAGAAGUUUAGGUAAAAGUAAUUGAAUUAAUUUUAAGAUAAGACCAAAUAUUAACAAAUAUUAUGCAAAAAUAGGACUUCAAGUUUUUAUUUAUUUCUUAAAUCUUCUUGAAAUCUUUUUUACUCUAGGCUACUCAAUUCAUAAUUAAGAUCUUGGGAUUUUUUUUACUUGCUACAUUACUUCUAUCUUAUUAACUAUCUUCUCUCAUAGUUUAUCUUGGAUGUACUCAUUCAAAUUAAGAUAAAUUGUUAAAAAAAAUAUAUUUUUGAACUUGCCCUAUUAUCUUUUCUACUCUGCUUUAGGAGUCUUAAGUUAUUUUAAGAUUUCACCAUUCAUUUAUUAUUUCAACAGAAAUUAAUCCUUGAAAGAAUUCUCAUUUAGUGAAAUUAAUAAAUAUUUGAUAUUAGAUGGGGAAGAUAAAUUUAGAAAUCCAUUAAGACUCUUAAAAAAGAGAACAAAGCCUGUAAAUAUAUUUAGAGAAUUGAUUUUCCACAGAUUAUCCGUUCUAUCCAUGAUUAUUACCUUGUGCCUUUAAACAGCACCUUAACUAUUUAUUUAAGGUUUUUUCAAUUCAAAAAUGUCGAGAUGGGAUGGAUACAAUGUUGUGAGCUAUAUCAUAUUAAUUGUCAAUUUAAUCUAUUACCUCUUGGAAUUAUAAUUUGUUGUGUUAACCACAACUUCUAGAUUUAUGCAAACAGAACUAUAAUUUAAAUUAAAGAAAAUAAAAUUAAAAUACUUUAAAGAAACUAAACAACUAUUGAAAGCUGAUUAAAAAUAAAUCGGAUUUAUUAAGUCUUUUUAUUUUCAUAUAGACUCAAGUAAAUUAAGUACUUAUGAAAAGAAUGUAUGUAUGGUUUAUAUCAUUACAUUCUUAACAAGAUAUAAAAAAAUGUAAAAUAUUUAAUUCAAUUUUAUUGAUUGUUAUGAUGAAAUCGCAUUAUAAUAUUUAGCAAAUUGUCUUAAAUUAAUUUAAGUAUAAACAAUAAGUCUAUUGUAUCAUGAUUAGCAUAAUUUAGGACAUUUGGAGAGUAUAUUUUAAAAGUAAGAUUUUCCUAAUCUAAUUCUUUAAUUUUAAGACGAAGAUUCUAUUGAUGCUUUAUGGGAUGCUGAUUAAAUAGAUAUAAAUGAAGAAGAGGAGAAGAUUUAAUAAAUACUUUAUAUUGAAAAUCCUAAAAUAAAUUCUGGUUGGUAGGCAGUUUAACAUAAUUAUUUUGUUAACUUUGAAUACAUAAAAUUAUCUGAACAUUUUAUUAAAGUAAUUUCAAAAGAAUAAUAACCAUCAAUUAAAGCCUCUAAAGGAUCUCCUGAAGUAGAUAAACAAUAAAAUUAAGAAACUAUUAAAUAAAAUUUAUAAGAAAGUCCUGAAUAAAUUGUUUAAGAAGCAUAAGCUAAAAUCACUGUCAUUACAAAAAGAGCACUGUUUGAAGAAUUUAUUGGGAAAUUUUCAUUUUUAUUGAUUUUCUACGAUUGUUAUAUCAAAUUGAGCUAAUUGAAUGAAUGUUAAGCAUCUCUUCAAUCAAUUUAUUCAAUAACAAAUGGGUUAUUCUAAUUUUUUUCUCUCGUCUACAUAAUUAGUGGUUAAAAUGAUUUUUCUAAAGCAUUAUUAGUUUUAACCCUUGUUCACCCAAUUUUAUAGUUAAUCUCAUUUGGAGUGUUUUAGUCAAAAGUAUUUAGAGGUGUAUCAAUAGCAAAAUAAGCAUUUUAUAUUUUUUUAUAUGGAUUCUUUAACUUUUUUAAGAUUUGGGAUAUCAUAAUGAUUGUUUUAUAUUUAGCUGUAAAGAAAUUUGCUGAUUAAGUCAGAAGAGAGUUUAGUGCUGAAGGAUACUUGAAAUUCAAAAAUUAUGCCUCGAAAUUUGAAGGUAGUCUUCCUAUUUCAGUUUUUUCAUAUAAGGCAGUUUAAAUUGAUCCCAAAAAUAUUAUGCAAAUAAAAAAAUAACCAUUUUAUUAAGCUGUUAUAUGGGUAACAGAUGUUUAGGAAGCUCUGAAUAAACUUCCUUAGUUCUAUAUAUAUUUGUUAGCUUUUCCCUUGGGCUAAAUUUAUCCAAUAUUUGGUAUUUCUUUUACUUAGUAAAUAAAAGAAAGUUAUAUCUCAAUAAAAUAAUUAUUAGAAGUCUUUAUUUAAGAUUUUUUCAUUCCAGCAUUAAUUUUAUGUACAGUUUCAGUAGAAUAAUUUUUAUAAUCUAUGUUGUAUUUUAAUUCAAUAACAAAUUAAAUGAAACUAGAAUAUCCUAAAUCCUUUUCAAUCUUAUCAAAAGCUAAUGAAAGGUUUAUAAAAGAAAAAUGCAAUUUGAAAAUUAAUAUAAAAACCUUAGAUUUUUCUAGUUAUAAAGAUUUAAAAAGAGAAAAGAUACUUGCAUAAGUCAGAGUAGUACUUGCUUCCAUAGACAGUAUAUUAGAAAUAGAUGAAGCAUAAAGAAUAUUUUGUAUGGGAUCUGAAAUUAAUGAUUUUAUCAGAUGUCUAAUAGUGAGUCCAAUUUAUUAAUUAAAACUUAAUUUUUAUUUAGACGAAGUAGAUCCACAUCAUAUUCAUUAUACUAAUGCAAUUAUGUAAUUUUGUCCAUCAAAGUUGCAUUUUUUACAAGUAUAUGUAGAAGCUACAGAAAUAAAAAAUAUGUAAUUUUAAGUUGGGAGAUAAGAUAGUCUAAAAGCAUUUUCUUAUUCUUAUUUUCAAAUAGUAAAAGUAUAAAAAUUUAAUCCCUUAUUAAGAUAAAAAAAGAAUUCAAAAUCAAUUUUAGAAAUAAAAGAAGAAUUUUUACAUUUAGAUAGAUAUAAUUUUGAACAAUUUUAUUUUGAAGUUUCUGGUAAUCUUGGUUUAUCUUAAUGUCAUGAAUUUUUAACAAAAUUUACUGAAAUGAAAUACCUCAAGUUAUCACUUUAUAAUAAGGCAGAUAUUCAGACCUUUGAAUUUUAAAGAAAUAUAAAAAGUCAACUUGAUGUCUUAGAUAUAACUUUUGAAAAUAUUAGAUUAGAUUUUUAAGAAUUUUCAUUCAAGACUCUUAAAACACUGAAAAUGAUUUUGAAAAAGUGUGAAUUUGAAAAAGCUAAUUUGAUAAAAAUAUUAGCAAGUUUAAACUUUGAAGACACAAAAGAAGUUUAUAUAGAUAUAUCUUAAUGUACAUAAAACUUUCCAACCAUAGAAUAGACAGAAUUAAUAAGAAAUUUAGAGAGAAAAAAAAUAGAUGUUUUUAUUAAGAUAUGA